UUGGUGCGGUUUGUGUCGCGAAGGGCUUGACUCAGUCGCUGUUCUGCAAUGGAAGAUGAACAUGAACAGAUCAAAGUUACUGAGAAGCCCUCUAUUAAAAGGGUAACAAGUGAGAUUUACAACAAUAAUAACACUUCUGGUUACGUCAGUGACUCCAGCGACAAUAAUGAUGUCAUCGUCGAUACAGAAGUUUCUGAAUCUGUGGCUUCACAGAGAAGUGUUUUAACCAAUUUGUCGAGCCAGUUCUCUGGUUUGACAGCAGGAGGGUCAGAAAGCGGUAAACGUGAUGAUAUCGUCGAUGCAGAUAUUUCAAAAGCCGCAGUCCCAGAGAGAAGUAUUUUGGAUGAUUUAAGGAACCAGCUCUUUAGUUUACCAGCAAGAGAGUCACAAGCGCCACAUCAUGAAACCGUCUCAUUGCUGGAGCAGCCUCCUGAUAAAAAAACAUCCAGUGACUCAAAAGGCUUACCUAAACUUCCUUCUCCGCCGAAACACUCUCCUAUAUAUGACGAAGAGUACAAGUCAGCUUCGCCUAUCGAAAUGGAUGCCAUCGAUUCAAUGUCGUCGCAAUCGAGCCUUUGUUCCAACAGUUAUUUGUGUAGUCUGGCGUCAUUCGAUCUUCCUUCCAUGCUUCAGGACGAUGACGAAGUGGAAAUUCUCUGGCCGCUUAAGGAGGAAUUCUCCCUCAGUGAUCAGUGUAAAUUUGAGGAGGGUGAUGAUUAUCAGCUUGCUACCGUAGACGUAAAAGCAGGAGCAUACGGAAAAUGCUACCUUGCCACUGUUCGAGGAGUUGAUACCGAGGAAGAAAGGGUUGUUUGUGUCAAAAAGUGUAAAUACGAGGUGAAUGAACUUCUGGCCCUCAGUCUUGCAAGGAAGAAUGAGAUUGCAGAAAUUGUUAAGUUUUACGGUGCUACAGUCAAAAGAAAAACUGUCUGCAUUUUUAUGGAGUAUAUGGCAGGCGGUACCAUUGCUGAGCUGAUAAAAGAAAUGGAAAUUCCGGAAACGGACAGUCUUCGUUUCUUAGAGGUUGUUCUUAAAGCUCUAGAAUUCUUACAUUGCAAGGGGAUCGUACACAGAGACAUUAAAGGAGAUAAUGUUCUUUUAGACUUAGAAGAAAAUGGAUCUCUUUCCCCUAAGUUAGCAGACUUUGGAUCAGCAGAAAGUGCUAUGGAACGCGAAGUGAGACCUUCAUUCGAUAUCUGGAGAACUGGCUGCCUGCUGUUGGAGAUGUUGAAUCGUGAAAGACCCCUUCGUUUGAUCGACGAAAGAGCUCUUCAGAGACAGAACUCCUGCAAGCCAGAGGAAUUUAUUCCCUCUGAAGCCAUGGACGUGACUAAGGGACUCUUACGACUUUUGUUCGGAUUGGAUGGCAGUUUUCCUACAGCUGCAGCGGUGUUAAGGCAUUCAGAAGCUUUUCCUGUGACAGAGUUACUAAACCGCCUUACUAAGGAAUCACAAAGUCUAGAAAAAUCCACUUAAAGGACCACGGAUCUCUUUUUUUUUUUUUCAAUCUUUUACAAUGUUAACAUUAUUUCAGAACAUGAAUUCUAACUGCCAAGGACAUACUACUAACGUCACAUACAAUACUUACAUUCCUUUUUCAUUCUUAUUAUUGAAAUACAAAAUUUCAAUAUAAUUGUUACAAUCUAAAUUGUAAUACGAUUGAUAAACAACACCAAAUUUUCAAUCGAAAGUAGCUGGAAAACGGAGGGUUUGGCUAACAACAGCCAUGCAAUUUCAGUUGCAAGCAAAACAAACAAGCAAACAAACAAUCAAAAACAAAAACAAUACAAAAAAAAGAAAAAAAAACCUAAAUAUUGGAGCAGGAAAUUUUGAGUCCAUUCCUUAUAGAAGGUUCCUCCCAUAUUAUUUUUUUAAGGCAGUGUAUUAUUUUGUUUGAUAAUUAAUCUUAACUUGUUGUUUAAACCCUCAAUAUAUGGACAUACACAUUUUCUGCUGCAAUCCCAAAAAAUUAUUUUUGUAUCUCUUCCUUGUAUUUGGUCCAGAGUCGUGCCCGACGAUUCCAGAAGAAAUCUAAGACUCAGGUCUAUUUCUUGUAUUUGUCAUGAGAAUUACCGGGCGCCCACUCGAGAAAUUCAAACUCAGAUAAUGCUUCAUAUGGCCUCGCCAUCAUGAUGACAUCUGGUCAUGUGAAAGAGAGCCCGGAGGAUUCGUCAUCUCAACGCCAAUAUGGAAUUCUACAUCGACAAAUCCUUUAUAUCGCUCAGAAAGACGAUUAAAAUUUAUAAGAACAUCUAUGGAGAGUUUAUUGAAUAAUGGUUAUAUGUGGAUAAUGCCAGUUUACAAAGUAAAUGAAAUUUUUUCACGGAAUAUCGUUGAAUACAGUUUUGUACAACAACGAAUGACAUAUUUUUGUCCGCAAUUUUGUGACACGAACCUGUAACCGUAGUUAUUACUUUUUUGUAAAAUAAAUAAAUCAAAGACACUCUA